AUGGCUUCUACAAUUAACUCUACCCCGGCUGCGAACAGCUCAUCUGGCAAUGCCAAUAUGUCUGCGCAGAACUCCGGUCGACCCUCGCUGAGAUCCGCCAGCACCAAGGGGUCCGACAGUCGACGACAGUCAGGCAGCCCUGCUGAUGGUGCACAGCGGCGCACAAACUCCCAAAAGGCCUGGACCCAAGGGACCAAUCCCAUUACCCAACGUUCUUCGUACGCUUCUUCGAAUGGCAAUAUGGCACAUCAGAGACACUCUGGCUCCCCCAGGCCGAACCAGAAGGAGUCGAAUACUGCCGAUCACCAUGCCCAUGACCGACUGGUCUUCCUAUUUGCCAGUUUCAUUGGCUUGAGCACUACCAUCACCACAAAAACCGGCGAGAACUUCACCGGCAUCUUCUCGUCCUCGACGCUUGAGCCGAGCGAUUCUACGUUCCUACUCAAAAUGGUCCAGCGUGCCUCGCAGGAGAACCAGCCCAAGGCCAAUGGCGUGAGUGAUGUGACAAGUCCGUAUCUUGGGGCCGCACCCGAGCACAGUAUGGCAUUCGAUGUCAAGGAUGUCGCGGACAUCUCGGUUCCCAAUGUUUCUACCGCCGAGGUUUCAGUCAAGGAGUCAAACGGCGCCUCAUCUGCGUUCAAGACUGACAGCGAUAUCUCGGGAAACCUAGCGAUGCGGGAGCGCACCCUCAAACGUUGGGAGCCAGCCGAGGAUGAUGUGGACAUGUCGCUUGAAACGACGAGCACAGCCGGAUGGGACCAAUUUGAGACGAAUGAAAGGCUUUUUGGUGCCAAGACCAACUAUGAUGAAAACCUCUACACGACUCGGAUCGACCGCUCCGAUCCUACAUACAAGCAGAAGCAGGUCGAAGCCGCCCGAAUCGCUCGUGAGAUUGAAGGCACCGACGUGGACAAUGUUCAUGUGCGUGAAGAGCGUGGCCUGGUCGCGCCGGAUACCGGUGAUCAAGACGAAGAAGACAAGUACAGCGGUGUUCGUCGAGACGAGAAGGCCUUCCCACCUCUUGUCUCCGGACAGCCGAACAAAUAUACACCGCCUGCUCGCCGACAGGCUGGUCCUCAACCUGCAGUGCCCACGGGCCCGUCGGCGAAACAGCCUGCUCCCGCUGCUGCCACAGUGCCCUCACAAGCACCGGCAAAGGAGUCGGCGCAAGCAGCACAACCACCCGCCGCAGCCAAAACUCCUGCAGAUGCCGAGGAGAAGACUGGCACGGCCAAGGCCCCAUCCCCGGGUUCGCAGACGGCGGCCAAGCGCUCUGGUCCUGAGAAUGCCACGGCAAAUGUGGAGACUGAGGUGCUGGAUCAUUUCCGUCAAUUCGCCAAUAGUGAAAAAUUGAAGAUGCAAGAGCGUCGUCGCAACCAAGCAACAUACGACCGGACAAUCAAGCUCAAUGAGCUGAUGAAAUUCUCUCAAAACUUCAAGCUUUCAACUCCUGUGCCGAAAGACUUGGUGCCCAUCCUGGCGAAAGACCGGACCAAACAGGAAGCGAUCGUUCAGCAAUUCCAGCAACCUGCAGAGGACAAGACUAUCCAGAAACUCACGCCUCCCUCCACUGAACCCAAGCCCGCAAACCGUGGUCCUGGACCCACUGGGGCUGUAGCUCCUGCUGCUCCCUCUGAUCGCCAGAAUUAUUCUCGUCGUCAGGGCUACCCUCCCACCGGCCCUCUUGCUGGACCGGGUGGCCGAUUCUCUCAGCAGCCGAUGCAGCAAGGUCGUCCCGGCACCGGUAUGCUUAGCCACCGGCUAGCAGACAACCUCCAGCAGCGGAAGGGGGCGAACAUGGGCCCUGUGCCCGCUCCUCUUCCUAUUCAGGAUGCUCGUGUGCCCCCAACCGGGCCUGCUGGCGACCAGAACAGGGUCACUAGCCCGGUCAAAACCCAAACUCCCACCUCCGCUGCGUCGACAAAGUUCAAUGUCCGAGCCAUGGAGUUCAAGCCAAACCCUGCUGCAAGCACUUUCACCCCCGGAGGAGCUCCCUCUGGCGGGGCCUCUGGCUCCACUGCGAGCCCUCGACCUUUUUCGCGAAACCACUCAGUGUCUCGUGCUACGACCCCCUCGGCAUUCUUCGGUGCCAGGAAACCACGGCCUAUCUCUGAGCGACCUUCCCUCAACGAUCAGUUCAACCCCAUUAAACGCAUGAAGAAGGAGAACGCAGAGCAAGCUGAGAAGCCUUACACUUCCAACGGAGGUAUCCCUUACCCUUACAAGACUCUGCCGACCUGGGAUCUCCCUGAAGGUACCGAAGAAAAGACCUAUGACCAGAUGUUCAAGCAGCCUGUUGCUGUGCCGUCAAUCUCUCCCCAGGGCCGGUCCGCAUCCAACAACCCCCACAUGCCACCGCAUCAGCAGAUGCCGUUCCCGUUCCAGCAACCCAACCCCGGCAUGCCUCCUUCAAUGCCUCCCAAUGGCCCUCAUCAUCUUCAUUCCCAAGGCCCUCACGGUCCAGGGCCCUCUCACAUGGAGGAUCAAAGGAUGCAGCUGUCCAAUUCGAGCUCUCAAGCUUUCCCGUCUCCGCGAAUGCAACAGAACCACCUGGGAUACCCUUCCCCCAUGGGGCCUCCUGCUCAACUCGCUUUUGGCCAACCGAUGCCGCACUUCUACGGAGCGCCUCAGCCGGGUCACAUGAGACAUUACCCCGGUGGGCCUCAGUUUGUGAACCCACAAAUGGGGGCUCCCAUGAUGAUGCAGCAGCCUUCCAAUGGACCCUACAUGGGCGUUCCGCAGGGAAUGUCGCCAUACACGCCCCAAAUGCAAAUGUACUCGCCUUCGCCAGGCCAUGCCUAUCCCCAGCAUGCACCCCCUCAGCCACACAGUGGAUAUCCAAGCCCAAGCCGCGGUGCGCCGAUGAUGAUGCAUCAGGGUUCGCAGUCUGGCCAGGCUCCGCAGCCGAUGAUGUUCAUGUCUCCUGGGCAGCCAGGAUACGUGCCUCCGGGUCGUGGCGGUUAUCCGCAACAGCAACCCCACUUUUCGUCCAGCCCGCACCAGUCGCAUCAUUACCCUCCUAACCAGCAUCGUACACCCAGCAAUGGCUUUAACCAAGUGCCUCAAAUUCCUCCUCCGGUAUCCCACACUCCGGCCACCUCUGGAGCGGGCUCUCACUCUGCUGAUGCCACUGAUGAAGGCAAAUGA